AUGCCAAACGACUUGAAGGCUUCUCGGGAUCAAUCAUUUCGUCUCUAUAGCGUCAUCUAUUGUAAACAAUAAUCAACCUGCUACUCCUCCCUGCUCACACAUUGUGAGCUUUGUAAACGACAGAAAACCAUCUACUGCAAACUUUGAAAUCCCACUUCGAUGUCAAUUCUUCGGAUAAAUUAAUUAAAUCAUUUCCUACAAAUGUUGCUACGGGUCUCGAUGGAAUAAGUGCUCCAUUACUAAAGCUCAUCUUCCCGGCUAUUCUUGAAAGUCUCACCAAGGUUCUAACUUGUAGCAUCCAGUCUGACAUCUGCCAUUCUGCCCUCAAACUAGCACGUGUUACGCCCGUUCACAAAUCUGGACCAGCUUCUGAUCCAAACACUGGUUUUCGUCCGAUUUCUGUUCUUCCAAUUAUUUCUAAGCUGCUUGAAAGACACACAUGCACCUAUUUAAUGCUGUAUCUUCGCUCAUUUAAUCUUAUUGUUUCAACACAAUCUGGAUUUUGUCCUCACGGCCACUCAACUGAAUCUAUAUUGAUUAAAAUGACUGAUGACUGGCUUGAGACAAUGGAUCAAGGCUUAUUCACUGGUGCGAUAUUCUUAGAUUCACGCAAGGCCUUAGUCUCCCUCGCAGCCGUUUUUUGGAUGUCACGCAACGCUCCCCCAUGAGAAAGGAAUGUAGUUCGGAUGUCAGCAGCCGUUUCUUUGGGGAGCGUUGCGUGACAUCCAAAAAACGGCUGCGAGGGAGACUAGCAAGGCCUUUGAUGUUGUAAAUCAUGACCUGUUAGUAGCCAAACUGCAAAUGUUUGGUUGCUCCUCGUCAGCAUUACUUUGGUUCAAAAGCUACCUGUCAGACCGUCGACAUUGCAGGAACCUUAUCUGGUACUGAAUUAUUGAUAUCUGGAGUUCUUCAGGGCUCAAUUUUGAGCCCUGUUCUCUUCCUCCUAGUUAUCAACGACCUGCCUUUAACCUGGACGAAUAGAAAUGGCCUAUUUGUUGAUGAUGCUACUUUCUAUGCUAGUGCCUCAAAUCUGACUGAUGUUCAGUUACAACUUCAACGGGAUCUUUCUAUUACGGCGACAUGACCAAAGAUCAUGGCAUGGCUGCCCAUCCGCAAAAGACGAACUACAUGAUAAUUGGUACUCGACAAAAGCUUUCCCGUUGCGAAGAAUCUGCCCUUUCGCUGUGUUUGGAUGGUGGGCAGCUGGAGCAAACUCAACGUCUCUUGGGACUGGAUAUCGACCCCUCCUUAUAUCUUGGUCAUCACACGAAGCUAAUCUUAGGAAAAAAACUCUGA